AUGCGUUUCACCACCACCGCCCUCAUCACCCUCCUCACCGCCCUCACUCUUGCCCAAGUAACUCCGAACAAAGCCGGCGCUGCCAACGUCGGCAAAGGCGAUGGCUCGCAAUUCAUAACCGGUGGCUGCGUCUCCGACGCAGACUGCAGUUCCGGAUGCUGCGCGCAGGUCGCCGCGACAGGCGACGGCGUGUGCAGCGCUGAGGCGGCGAGUGAGCAGAAUGGGAAGACGGGCUGUGGAUUCACGGAUCCGAAUGCAGAUGCUACGAUUGCGGCCGCGCAGGAGCAGGUCGAGCAGCAGGGGUUUAAGCGGGUUGUUCGUAGGGAGUAA